GUCAUUGAUUGACAUUUGACUCAUGGGAAAUGUUAUGUGUUUUCUUCGCUGAGAAAAUUUUCAAAUUCUUAUUUAUUGGAUAGUAAUAUAGGUUAAUAAAACAAAUGUGAAAAUGGCAAUCUGUUUGCGCACAUUCUCGCAUAAGAUUUUGCCAAUUAACGGAAUAGUUACUACUAAAAAUCAUUCCAACAGGCUCACCCGGAAAAUUCCAGUGCGUACACAAUUUCUGGAAGACUUUCUUAGCAAACGUCGCAUAUCCAGUUGUCGUGUUGCCCCAAAAUGUUCCACGGAAUCGAAUAUAGACGACGUAUACAUUCACGAGGUUGUUAUAGCCAACAAUUAUCUAAAACGAAACACGAGCGAAAAAAACGUCCUAACCUUUAAAGACGACUUGGAUUUAAAAUUCACUGAAGAUAUGCCAAAACGAAACGAAAAUUUGCAAAAUUAUAUGAACUACUGCACAGAUGGUAUGAAGGUGCUAGGGUGGACAAGCGAUGACUAUAUUGAGCAGAAGAGUUCUUAUAUGAAAGUAAUGCCAUCCAUUAGUAUGAAUGAUGUAGACUUUUCUAAAUGUGUUGAGGACAUAGAACCAACAUGUAUGUCAGAUUUUGAGCGAGACGCAGUGGCCUACUGUAGGGGGCCCACUGUUGUAGCACAGACUUCCCCGCCCACCAGUGAGCCAAGUCAGGAGGGGAAACCCAGUGAGGAACAGCUUAUGAAUGUGUUCCACACCCUGUCUACCACAAUGCCAAACCUGUUUGUGAAACCAUUAGACUACUCUGUCUAUCAUCCAAAUUUGGUAUUUGUCAACAAUAUUAGAGGAGUCACAACAGUAGGUCUUUUCCACUAUGUAAGGCAAGUGGCACUUUUACGAACAGUAGCCCACAUCAAAUUCGCCUAUGUCAACUUUGAAGUAUUGAAAAUUACUGCACACCCAGAAGAUUCAUCCAUCAGGAUGAGGUGGCGAAUCAAGGGAAUUUCAGGCCUCAAAGUGUUCUUCAUGUUUUGGAAGUACAAACUGUGGAACUUAAAGCAAGUGUUUAAAGAUCAAGAAUUAUGGUACGAUGGUUUCUCAACAUUUUAUGUUGGUUCUGAUGGUCUUAUACAAAAACAUAUCGCUGACAAGGUUAUGCCAGACCAGGAUAGGAUAAUAGAUGAUGAAGAAAAAGCACCUAUUGCUGCUAAAAUUGCUCUCCUAAUUGGACUCCUGCCGCGUAGCUACCUCUCAGAUGUAUCUCCAUAUUUGACGUCAUCUCCUGGCAAUACUCAAAUCCCUUUUAAAGUUUUAGAAUAAUAUAUAAGUUGCCAUCAUAGCAUUAUGUACAUAGACAUGAAGCUAAAGACUGUACGCGUCACUGGCUACAAAACUAAUAAGGCAAAAGAAGAUUAUAGGUACUAUUAUUUUGUAGACAAAAGUUUCAGUUUUUGUUUUUAAUAUUUGGAAUAUGUAUUCUUGUUUUGAAAGGAGAGAGUUGUUAUUUUUGCGUGGUUGUGAUAUAUUUUUUUUACCAGUUUAUUAAGUAAGUACUUAUAUUAAAUUAAAUACAAUUCAAAUAAUUAUUAUCCUUGUCUUCUCAACAAUAUCCUUUUGUCUUAAAAUAUUUUAUUUACAAAUCUACACUUCUACAUUGAAUACAUAAAGCUGAAGAGUAUGUUUGAUUGAACGCGCUAAUCUCAGGGACUAUUGGUCCGAUUUGAAAAAUUCUUUCAGUGUUAGAUAGCCCAUUUAUCGAGGAAGGCUAUAGGCUAUAUAUUAUCCCCGUAAUCCUACGGCAACGGAACCAUGCGGCGUCAUAUAAAAUAUAAAUGGCUACAUAACUUCCUCUAAAAUUCAUCACACAUUUAAUGUCUAUGUUUAUGUGAUAUUAUAAUGCUAUUGUAGUUUAAUGCUGUAAAAAUCUGGGUAUACAUUAUGUACUGUUUAUGAUAUUGGUUUUUUGUAUUUAUUGUUAAUAAUGGAUUGAUAUAUUUUGUAGUUGUUAUUAUCACUGUGCAGUAUUGGUAUAUGUCACUAAUUGAAACUAUAUUUCUUUUCUGUUGCUUUUACAGUUUAAGCUGUAAACUAGUGAUACUUAUUAAUGCAUAGAAGCCAUUGCUUGUGUAGAUAGAAAAGUAUUUAAAUAAAGAACAAUAACAUGUU